AUGUCCGCGGGCGGCUUGUACGCUGUGGACAGCGAGGAUGACGAUUUUCAGUCCCCGUCGAGGAUCGGGCAUCGGCGCAGCGAUCGCAAGGGAGCCGGCCUCGAUGGCAUCCCGACCGCCGGCCCACCCGGAGCCUCUGCCGGAAGGGUCGGGUGGCCCAGCGGGAAGAGGCGGCCCGGGGACCGCGAUUGGCGCCAAGGGAGUGGGGUGGGUGAUCUGAGGGAGGCUGGAUCCGGCGUGGUGGAGAAUUCGAUUGGACGUGGGGGCCGCACGGGGCCCAAGAGGAUGAGAAUGGGCGGGCGCAUGGAGCAGGAGGCGAUCGACCUGUGCGCGUGGCAGGGUGGCGGCGCGCUGUCCGCUAGCGACAGGGGGAACUGCACGGGCCGGGAUCGGAAGGAUCGGGAAGGCCAGCGAGGGGUGUGCGAUCCCCUUGGGGCCGAGGCCAGGAUGCGGCCGGCUGAGCAGAAGGAGAAUGAUUGGGGGCUGGAAGGGACCUUGCCGAGUCCCAAGGGUGAACAAGAGGUGGGAGAUCGCGUGGGUGGGAAUGAAUUGGAAGGAGGGUGCACUGGUGGGGGUGGAUUUGAGGGUGGGGACUGCGUGGAUGAGGGAGGUUUUGAAGGGGGACACUGCAUGGAUAGCGGUGGAUUUGAAGUGCUGGAUUGCGAUGAGGGAAAGGCGGGCGCAGCCAGUGUGCGCCGGGAGGGGAGCUGUCCCGUGUGCGGCUGCGAGCUGGCGCUGGUGGCAGAGACAGAGCUGGGGCGUCUGGCGCAUGUGAAUGGUUGCCUUGACAAGGGGAGCGAGGUGGACUGCCGUAAGGGCAAGAAGGAGGUUGUCGAUGGUUGCCUGGGCGUGACGGGCGACGGGAACUGUUGCCUGGCCUCGGGUAGCGAUGGGGGUGGAUGCCAUGCAGGGGUCCAGAAGGGCAGUGGCAAUGUUUGCAGGGAGGAGUGGUUGGAGACGGACAGCGAUGGGAGCAGCAUUGACAUUGAGGAGUGGCUGCUUCCCUUGGGAUUGGCAAAGUAUGCACCUCUGUUCAAGGCUGCAGAGGUUGACAGAGUUGUGCUUCCCUACCUCACUGAGAAUGACCUGGUGGAAAUGGGCAUACAAUGCCCUGAGGACCGACAGGCCAUCCUAGUAGAGGCACACACACUCACCCAGGUGGUUCCCGUGGGACUGAUGAAUAACGCCAGGCACACUGAAUGGAAUGCUCUUGUGGGGCCGCAUCAAGACCCAGUGGAAGAUGCUCAUGAAGGUCGCUGUAGACAAAACCACCUCAUAGGGCCCACUGGAUCAUCCCACUUGGUGCAGCGCACACUCCACCAGGUUUUGGGGGUCCACUCCAGAGGGCGACUGUCCCAUCGCCGUGGUGGUCACACUGCACAUCCCUCUGCGAUCCGGAGAAAGCAGCCUGACGGGGGCCAGUGGCUGCCAGAAUGGCAGAGGGUGCCAGGCACACAAUUCGUCGUGGACCGCUUCAACAAGGUGUGGGGCGUGCGAUGCAAGUCCUGGUUCCUGACGCACUUCCACUCGGACCACUACCAUGGGCUGAAUGCAUCUUUCGACAAGGGCACGAUCUACUGCACACCCACCACUGCCCGUCUGGCUCACGCUCAGCUGAGGGUCCCCUGGCCCCGUCUGGUUGAGGUGGAACUGAAGCAUCCACGGGUGAUCGAGGGUGUCCGUGUUACUUUCUUUGAUGCCAACCAUUGUCCUGGCGCCGCCAUGGUCCUCUUCGAGCCACCUGACGCACCGCCCGUCUUGCACACUGGUGACGCCCGUCUCACACCGGCCAUCCGUGAUGAGCCAUCCAUCCAGGCUCUGUGUGGGCGGGGCGCCGUGUUGGUGCUGGACACAACAUAUUGUGACCCACGUUAUGCCUUCCCUGUGCAGGAGGACGUGGUGCGCUUUGUAGCUGAGGCCGCCAGCAGGGAAGCUGCCAACCCUUCAACGCUGUGCCUGUUCGGCACCUACACCAUCGGCAAGGAGCGGAUCUUCUUUGGUGCGGCGCGCGCCCUUGGGCGUCGGGUGUUCGUGGAAGGGCGCAAGGCGGCAGUGUUGGCAUGUGUGGACAUGCCACGGGAGGAACGGGCCAUGCUGACGACCAGGCGGGAAGAGACAAACCUGCACGUGGUGCCCAUGGGUGCCGUGAACCUGAACCGUAUGAGGGCUAUCCUGGAGAGCCAUGGUGGUCGGUACAGUUCUGUGGUGGGCUUCCAGCCGACGGGGUGGACACACGGCAGGGGGAUGGGGCGAGCGAGUUGUGGGCGCAGGAGGGCACAGGGAAACGUGGUGCUCUACCAGGUCCCCUACUCCGAGCAUUCCAGCUUCUCCGAGCUGCAGAGCUUCGUGCGGUGGUUUCGGCCCCGGCGCAUCAUCCCCAGCGUCAACAACGACCGCGGGCCCAAGCUGCGCGCCAUGCUGUCGCACUUCAACGACGCCACCAUCCUUCCGGCCGAUGGAGGACGGCGUUGA